AUGGGCUCCAGAGUCCUUCAGUUAGACGUUCCUGCAGAUUCUGAGGCCUCUCCUAGGAGAAAUGUACCAGGGAGUGUAAGUAGCCCUCUCAUGAAUGGUGAAAAGAGUCUAUUUCGGAAUCAGAAUGCAGGGUUCACUGCACUUGCAAGUCCCGUGAGGAGAGAAAUUGGAAACAGAUCGUUGACAAGGUCCUUCUGUGUUGAUGACAAUGACUUGGAAGAUGGUAAGGCCUCAAAAGAAAGGGAGAGCUCUAUACAGUCACUCGGGCUCCCAAAGAUUCAGAAUCAGGCUUUCCUAUCUGGUCUGGCUUACUGUAUAUCAUCAUGCAGCAUGAUCUUAGUCAACAAAUUUGUUCUAUCUGGCUAUGGUUUCAAUGCUCCAGUAUUUUUGAUGUUAUACCAGAACAUUGUAUCAGUGACCAUAGUUUCUACACUAUCCCUGUCCGGUGCUGUUCCAACUGAACCAUUGACAUGGAAUCUAAUCAAAGUUUGGUUACCUGUGAAUAUCAUCUUUGUUGCAAUGCUGAUCACAAGCAUGUUUAGUUUGAAGUACAUUAAUGUUGCAAUGCUGACUAUAUUGAAGAAUGUCGCCAAUGUCCUGACUGCUUCUGGGGAAACUUAUUUUUUCAAGAAGCAGCAUGGUACUCAAGUUUGGAUUGCUCUUAUGUUGAUGAUAAUCUCUGCAGUUGCGGGAGGAAUAACGGAUCUGUCAUUCCAUGCUGUUGGAUAUAUCUGGCAGACCUUAAACUGUUUUCUGACGGCGUCAUAUUCGCUUACAUUGCGGCAUGUAAUGGACAGUGCUAAGCAAGCCACCAAGUCUGGGAAUUUGAAUGAGCUUUCAAUGGUGUUGCUGAAUAACGUUCUUUCACUGCCAUUGGGAAUUAUCCUUGUGCUUGGUUUGAAUGAAGUGGAGUAUCUUUUGGAGACACCUCUAUUAAGGAUGCCUGAGUUUUGGCUGGUCAUCACUGCCAGUGGAGUUUUGGGGCUUGGAAUCAGCUUUACUUCCAUGUGGUUUCUUCAUCAGACAAGUGCAACAACAUAUAGCAUUGUGGGCUCCUUAAACAAGAUCCCUCUUUCCAUUGCUGGAAUCGUUCUCUUCAACGUUCGUACAAGCAUGCAGAAUUCUUUGAGUAUUCUGUUUGGUCUAUUAGCAGGAGUAUUUUUCGCCAGGGCCAAAUUGCGAGAUAACUCGCCGACCUAG